AUGUGCGAGGGCUGCUGGUCUUCUCCGUGGUUGUGGAAGAACUAUCAGUACGUACUGGCUUUCUACUUUGCUCUGGAGGAGAUCAACAAGGACUCCCACCUGCUGCCCAAUGUCACCUUGGGUUUCCAUGUAUUCAACAGCAUCACCAGUGACCACUUCACCUUGUGGAGCACUCUGAUUUGGCUGUCGGGAACAGGGAGGCUCUUCCCCAACUACAACUGCGAGACACACAGCAAAUCUGCUGCCAUCAUUGCAGGAACCACGGCAGCAUUUUCAGCUGAGACUGGAACACUUUUGGAACUCUACAAGUUCCCACAGGUCACAUACGGACCUUUUGAUUCCAGCCUCAGUGACAAACACCAAUAUCCAUCGCUCUAUCAGAUGGCGCCCAAGGACAGCACCCUGGUCCAGGCAAUGAUGUCGUUACUGCUGCAUUUUGGCUGGACAUGGGUGGCCAUCUUUAUAUCUGAGGACAUGAAAGGUGAGCUGUUCCUGAGGGACCUGAAGGCAGAGAUGCUAAAGAAAGGUAUCUGUGCGGCCUUCACAGAAAAGCUCCCUGCCACUAAGAUAAUGUAUGGACCUAGUGACAUCAACUUCAUGGCCAGGAUCAGAGUUUCAUCUGCAAACGUGCACAUCCUGUAUGGGGAGGUCGGGAGCCUCAUCACCGUGGACAUCGCAGCAGAGUUCUAUUUAACCACAGGGAAGGUGUGGAUCAUGACCGCCAAGUGGGACAUCGUCGUGUACGAGAUGAACCACAUGCUGCACUCCUUCCAUGGAGGCUUCUCGCUUUCUCCUCACAACGCGGAGGUCCCUGGUCUCAGACAAUUCCUUGCAACAUCCAACCCUUCCCGAUACCCUGAAGACUUUUACUUCAGUAAAUUAUGGCUCAGCUUUUUGGAGUGCUCUCCUCCUGGGUCAUUUUGUGGGAAAAUCGGCGUUUGCUCCCCAAACACCUCCUUACAGUUUCUGCCAGGAAACAUUGACCUGAUGACCGUUUCUGACUCCAGCUAUUUCAUCUACAAUGCGGUGCAUGCAGUGGCCCACGCGCUCCAUCAAAGGCUCUUGGAGGAAACCGAAAUGUGCUCUCCAGAAUGCGCACAGCAACACAGGCCCCUUCCCUGGCAGCUUCAUCCAUUCCUGAAGAAAACCGAAUUCACAAACAGCGCCGGAAGCCUCGUUUCCUUAGAUGAGGAAAGGCGUCAUCUGGCACAAUACGACAUCAAGAACACUGUGAAUUUCCCAGCUGGUCUUGGGCUGCUGGUUAAAGUAGGAGAAUUCGUCUCCGGGAGUCCACAUGAUGAAGGCUUGGUCAUCAACGAAGAGAGGAUAGAAUGGCCUGUUGGCUUCACGGAGCCUUGCAAGCACAAGGACCUGAGUAACUCCACAGAUGCAGAUCAGUGCACGCGGUGCCCAACACAUGAGUACCCGAACAGAGGCAGAGAUGGCUGUCUCCCCAAGACCGUGGACUUCCUGUCCUUCACGGAUCCCCUAGGCAUGGCCCUGAUUUGCACAGCUCUGAGCUUCUCUGCUCUCACAGCUGCGGUUUUGGGGCUCUUUGUGAGACACCGAGACACUCCCAUAGUCAAGGCCAACAACAGGGCUCUCAGCUACACCCUGCUCAUCUCCCUCCUCCCCUGCUUCCUCUGCACCUUGCUCUUCAUUGGCCGGCCCAACGCAGCCACCUGCAUCCUGCAGCAAAUAACAUUCGGACUCGUCUUCACUGUGGCUGUUUCCACUGUUUUGGCCAAAACCAUCACGGUGAUUCUGGCCUUCAUGAUUACCAAACCGGGACAAUCAAUCAGGUGGCUACUGGUGUCAGGAGCCUCUAACCUUGUCAUCCCCAUCUGCUCCCUGAUCCAAAUUAUUCUCUGUGCAGUCUGGCUGGGAACCUCUCCUCCCUUUAUCGACACAGAUGCACACUCGGAACAUGGCCACAUCAUCAUCGUGUGCAACAAGGGCUCCCUCGCCGCCUUCUACUGUGUCCUGGGAUACCUGGGCUCCCUGGCCCUGCUGAGCUUCACCGUGGCUUUCCUGGCCAGGAACCUGCCCGACACCUUCAAUGAAGCCAAGUUCCUGACCUUCAGCAUGCUGGUGUUCUGCAGUGUGUGGGUCACCUUCCUCCCCGUGUACCACAGCACCAAGGGGAAGGUCAUGGUGGCCGUGGAGGUCUUCUCCAUCUUGGCCUCCAGUGCGGGGCUGCUGGGCUGCAUCUUUGGUCCCAAGUGCUACAUUAUUAUCCUAAAACCUAAGAAGAACUCUGUGACAGGUUUAAAGAACAAGAGCAAUUUGAAGAGAAAUAGGCAUUCUUCGAGUUUCUAAACACUUUUUAAAAUCUCUACCACAAUAUAAAAACAUAGACAACAAACCUACCCAUUUUUA